AUGGAGGAGAAUGUUCUUAUUUCAGACGAGCUCCGUACGAUGAUGCAUUCAGAUGAUCCAAUGCACUCUGAUUUGUUGAUGAAUGAUGCAACUUCUGUGGAAGGUGCUGGUUCUAAAGCGUUAUUUAGAGUCUUUCUUAAUUUUUGCAGACAACAUCGUUUUGAUAUUGUUGGUAUUCUUGAGCCUAGGAUCAGUGGUGUUAGAGCUGAUUCGUUUAUUAAAAAAUCCGGCUUUGACUGCUCUCAUAGAGUUGAAGCUAAUGGUUUUUCUGGGGGUAUUUGGGUGCUCUGGAGACAUGGCAUUGAUAUUAAUAUCUUAGUGAAUAAUAAGCAAUUUAUUCAUCUUAGUGUGGGAAAUGGUGCCGAUUUAUCUUACCUCACUGUUGUGUAUGCUAGCCCUAGUCCCUGGGUUCUUGGGGGGGAUUUUAAUGCUGCGCUUUCAGAUUCAGAGAAAAAGGGAGGAGCCAUUCUGAGAGCAGGAAAGUGUAAUCUGUUUUGUGAGUGGUUCUCCAAAUUUCAUAUGAUUGACCUGGGGUUUUCGGGUCCCAAAUUUCUUGCGGCCUGGGUGGGGGCCGAUGGUUUCCAUGAUUUGGUUAAGAAUAACUGGGCUGAUUCGGAUUCUUUUGUUAAUUCUGUUGACAAGUUUGCUGCUGAAGCCAGAAAGUGGAAUUAUAAUGUCUUCGGAAACAUCUUCAAACGCAAGAACAUCCUUCUUGCUAGGGUGAGAGUCAUUCAAAGAGCCAGGAUGUACUAUAAUUUUGCUAAGCUUGAUAGUCUUGAGAGCGCCCUGACUAAAGAUCUUGAGGAUACUCUGUACCAAGAAGAGUUACUUUGGCUCCAAAAAUCUCGGUAUGACUGGAUCAUUGACGGAGAUAGAAACUCGGCUUUCUUUCAUAAAAAAGUCAAGCAAAGGAGGCGGCAAAACAGAAUUCUGAUGUUGAAAGAUGAUAACGGGGUUUAUAUCGAUGAUCAAAGCAAGUUACAGCAGAUGGCCAUGGAUUAUUAUAAGUCCCUAUUCAAGGCUGAUAUUGUGAAUAAUGGUACUGAUCUCAUCUCAGGUGCAUUCCCCUCUUUAAAUUCUGAUGUUUUGGAGAAACUCUCAAAGUCAGUGUCUGAUGAAGACAUUAAGCAAGCUCUCUGGGAUAUGAAGCCGCUAAAAGCCCCAGGGCCCGAUGGUCUCCAUGCUCUUUUCUACCAAAGCCAGUGGGGGUUAAUUGGAGGUAAAGUGUGCUCUUUUAUCAAGAGUAUUUUUAACGGUGCCCCUUUGCCUGCUCAAAUUAAUCAAACUUUGCUUACUUUGAUCCCGAAAUGUGAGUUUCCUGAUUCUAUUAAGCUCUUUAGACCUAUUAGCCUCUGUAAUGUCUCGUACAAGAUUAUCACCAAAAUUAUUGCUAAUAGGCUAAAGAGUAUUAUGUCUCAAAUCAUUGGUCCUGCCCAGACUAGCUUUAUUGUAGGAAGACACAUCACGGAUAAUAUUAUUCUGGCUCAGGAAAUAGUUCACUCCAUGCGCAAGAAAAAGGGUCAGAAAGGUUUAAUGGCUAUAAAAAUUGACUUAGAGAAAGCUUAUGACAAACUUUCGUGGGACUUCAUCAAUGACACUUUGCAUGAUAUCGGUAUCCCAGGUUACCUAUCUAAUGUUGUUAAGCAGUGCAUUUCUUCUCCAUCUAUGAGCAUCAUUUGGAAUGGUAACACUACAAAGUCUUUCUCUCCGUCUUGUGGCAUUCGGCAAGGUGAUCCUAUUUCUCCCUACCUAUUUGUCUUAUGUAUUGAGAGACUUGCCCACCUUAUUAAUCAUGCUUGUAAUUCAAAUGAAGCUUCAUUGGAUCAGGUGGAUGUGAUAAAUUGUGUCUUGAAUUGCUUUUGCUCAGCUUCUGGCCAGAGAGUUAAUAAGGAAAAAACGAAGGUCUUUUUCUCUAGCAAAGUUUCGGUUAAUGAGGGUAACAUUCUUGCUGCGAGCUUGGGGUUCUCCAAAACUCUGGACCUAGGUAAAUAUCUUGGGAUGCCUCUAAUCCAUGGUAGAGUCACGAAAAAACACUCCAUCAAUGUUUUGGCUCGCCUUAAAAAUCGCCUUUCUGAUUGGAAUGCGAAGUGUUUGUCUUUAGCUGGUCGCUGCACGCUGUCUAAAUCUGUUAUUCAAGCGCUUCCUGUGCAGCCAAAAGAAAAUGGUGGUUUGGGUUACAGAUGUAUGGAUCUUUUUAAUCAAGCCCUUAUCAUGAAAGUUGGCUGGAAUUUAUUAACCAACAGAGAUGUUCAUUGGGUUAAAGUCCUUAAAGCCAAAUACAAAGUUCCGGAUGGUAGAUUGGAUGUGUUACCGACUCGCAGUAACCCGUCUCACUUAUGGCGAGCUUUAGGGACUGUCUGGCCUAAUGUUCAAGAGGGUACCCGGUGGGCUCUUUGCAAUGGAGAAUCAGUUCGGUUUUGGCUGGACCCCUGGCUGGAUGAGAGUUGUAUUUUAUGUAAUUUGGUUAUUCAACCUAUUCCUUCUAUGGAGAUUAAUGCCCUUGAUAGCUGCUAUGUUAGUUUAGAUAAACAAUGGAAUUGGAAUGCUUUUGCCUAUCUCCUUCCAGAAUCUGUUUUGGCUAAGAUCAUUCGGGUUAUUCCUCCGGAUCCGAGCCAUGGUGAUGACUUCAUGUACUGGGGCUGCUCGUCAAAUGGGUUGUUCUCAACUAGAUCCGCUUAUAAGUCCAUUGCUCACCAUGAUUGGAAUGCUCAAGAUAUGGAUUGGAAAACUCUUUGGUCAUGUAAGGCUGUCAACGAAGAUAUCUUGCAUGCUUUGCGUGACUGUUUUUUUGCAAAGCAAUUCUGGUGCAAAGUGGUUAAUGUCAAUAAGCAGAAUUUUUUCUUUUCUUUGCCUCUGAACUCUUGGAUUAAUCUGAAUCUUUCUGACCCUGACCAAUUUGGGGAUUCGAAAGUGAGGAGUAUUGGAAAAGCUAUGGAGCAUAAGAAUCUCUUGAACAAGUCUUAUAGCUCGAGUUUCAGUUCGCUUAUUAGUUGGAGUUGCCCGCCUUUGACUUGGGUUAAACUCAACACUGAUGGGGCGUUUGAUGCUAACUCUGGGAUUGCUAAAGCUGGAGGAUUGAUCAGGGAUGCUAAUGGUAGCUGGUUGGGCAGUUUCUGUAUGACGGUCGGAAAUGGUUUAGUUGUUGAAGCUGAGCUUCGAGGUGUUUAUCAUGGUCUGUUGUUAAAUUGGCAUCUGGGGUUCCGAAGAGUUCUUCUCGAAGUUGAUAACAAGAAUGUAGUUGAUGCUUUAAACAAGCUUAGCUCGGCAGGGAGCAAUUUCAAUAUUAUUGCAGCUAUUUGUGCCCUUCUUGCUCGGGAAUGGGAAGUGCGUGUGACUCAUGUUUACAGGGAAGCAAAUUUUGCUGCUGAUCACUUGGCGUCGCUGAAUGCUUCUGAUGAUUUCUGUGUCGUUUACCAUAAUAGCCCUCCUGGCAGCCUUCUCCAUUGGCUCAGCCAUGAUCGUCAAGGAGUUUCUUAUACUCGCAACAUUCAUAUGUAG